AUGACAUCCAGAUUUGGUAAAACCUACAGCCGUAAGGGAGGGGAGGCCAACUCCAAAUUUGACGAGGUCUUCUCCAACAAGAAGGCCACACUGAGCACCAAAUGGGGAGAGACCACUUACAAGGCCCAACUGGGCUCCAAGCGGCCCCCUCUGAAGCCUGAGGUAGUCGAGUUACCCAAGAGGCCUCGGAUUGAGGAUGACGACAGCUCAGAGGAUCCUUUUGGUUUUGACAGCGACGAUGAGUCCAACCCUGUCACCUCCAACAGUGUGCCCCAGUCUGAACCAGCUGAAGGUGAGGCCAGUAAUACGCCUUCUGCUACAGUCACAGUCCCAGUGGAUAACAGUAGGAACUCCAACAGCACAGCAUCAGGUAAGAACUGGAUGGCAGAUAACUGUGAUGACUGACUUUGCUUUAAACAUUACAGACAUGUUUUCAUGGGAGGAGGUGCUCGGAAGUCUAGCAUGAACCUGUCUGUCUUAAAGUGGAAGUGUUUUGCAGCACCAACCACCUUCAGUAGAGCUGAUGUGUGUCUGGUGGAAACAUGUUUCCACAGGUGGUUGUAGAAUAAUUGUAUGUAUACAUUAGCUAAAGAACAUCAUGCAUGUCUCUUGUAUUUCACUUUAUUUAUUUAUUUAUUUAUUAUGGAAGGAAAACUGCUUCUCAUGAUCCUGGUGAUAAUGGUUAUGAGGAGAGCGGUGGUGUGUGGAUAUUUCUGGAGCAGAUAAAAUGAAGGGCUCCCUCGUGGGCUUUUUACUCUCUGCUGGCAGCUUCUGUAUCAGCUUAUCUCGUCUUUGUCCCUGACAGCUCUCUAAAGAUAAAUCAGGCUUUUACUGCAACACUAUCAUCUCAGUAGGCCUGUACCACUUUCAUUUAGAAUAAAACUGAUUAGAAAUUAUACAAACCAAACAAUGCUGAACAAAAUCUGAAACUGUAUUAUUUUACAAUGCUUGUGUAAAACUUAUAAUGCUUCCUUCUGUUAACUUGCUCUUUCAUCUCCUUUGUGCUCACAGGCAAGCAAACAUUGUCCAAUGAGGGUGAAGAAAAGAGUAGCCAGUCCUUGUACAGAAAUAAAUUGGAUGGUAACCAGAAGCCUAUUGCUCAGUCCUCUGUUACAAUGACUGUGCCCAUGGACCCCUAUGUGGAAUGGAGCUUAAUAGGGACCCAGAGGUCUUCUACCUCCUCUACUAGCAUGGACCCUCUCCAGGAAAAAGACUCAGCUGAGACACCAGGGUUUAGCGGAGACUCCCAGUCCUUCUCUUCCCAGGAUGGGCUCUCCUCAGGUGGGAUGAGAAGUGCUCAACAGGAGGCCCCGGCCGAGCCUGUUGUUGACAACCUCCCCCCCUCCCCGUUCCUCCUCAGGCCCUCCAACACUAGGAAAUACAUCCGUCCCAAACCCAACAAGGCCUCUGAUGUUCCAGAUGCUUCUGCUGCUAGCGACGUCAAACUGCCCAUAGCCGCCAGCGUUCUGGCUGCACUGAAGCCCAACAGUGUGUCCACUGCCAGUGGUAGCGGUGGUGUUAAAGCUAGCACAACGGCGGCCAAACCUGCUGGCAGGGGUCGGAUACGGGACUAUACGGUGCUGCAUCCAUCCUGCCUGUCGGUGUGUAACGUCACCAUCCAGGACUCCAUAGAGCGCAGCAUGGACGAGCUCAUCACCAGCACACCCCCUGCUGACCUGGGGGAGGCGGGACGGCUGAGGAAGAAGGCAGACGUACCACCAGCCAAACCCACCAGGUAAACGACUCCACUGGCUGUGGCCCAGACAGUACACUAACUCUUGCCUCCCACUGGUGCUUCAUGCUUGAUACUGCUUGCUUGAUAUUGUACAAAUUUACAUUUACCGUUGAGCACGUAAUAUCCCUUCUUAUACUCACUUACUUUAGCUCGCCCCUAUAAUUGUUUUCUAUAUGUGGUUUACCAAAUGUUUCUACUACACCGAGACCUAGGUCAAUCUGUUCUCGAUUAAGCACCACUUCUGUUUAAGAACACACUUGAAUCCUUUUUCUAUGUUUUCGUGUGUUCCACGGCAGCUGCUGAUUUGAAAUUAAAUGAUUCUCCUCUUGUAACCGUCAGGUUCCGAACCACCCAGAGUAAGUCCAAGAAGGAGACCAAGCUGGAGUUCUUCGGCUUCGAGGACAAGGGUGACCAGGAGGGGGAGGAGGGAGCGGACCCCGCGGCCGGCGGCAGCAGCAGCUACAAGAUCAAGUACUUUGGCUUUGACGACCUCAGCGAGAGUGACAGUGACGAAGAGGAGGGCUCCCAGGCCAAAGAGAAGCGGAAGGCCAAGAAGGCUGCAGCAGCAGCCAUGGCUGCUAGUGUGGACAGCCCCCAGCCCAGCGACUCUCAGGACAGCCAGAGCAGCAGCAAUACA